AUGUGUUUGGCGGCUCGCACGAGGCUGACACUGUCCCGACAAGGCUACUCACACAUGGAGGUUGUCGGAGGAGUGGCAUCGCUCGCCCAACUGACGGUGCUUGCCGUCCAGACUUACAAAGUAGCCGCUCAGCUAACCCGGACUUAUCGAGAUGCUCCCCACGAGUUGUCCCGUGUCGUCGACCGAUUGAAGAUCCUGCGCUGCGAGCUGGACCUUCUCUCCUACCUCGAGGAGCAGGCCGCCGCGGGCGACGAGUUGCCUCUGCUUCCGGCCGAGGCUGCUGCGUUGGAGCAGGCAUUGCAAUCAGCGGACGCGGUCAUCCGCCGUAUCUACAAGUCUCUGGAUAACCUAGGAAGCGCCAAAAUGAAUCUGAAAAGUCGGAUGUCGUGGGCGCUGAAAGACAAGGAGCGAGUCGAGGGCCAUCUGGCAAAUCUACAACAGGUCGAUGCCAGUCUAGGCAAUGUCUUGCAAUUAGUGAACAUGUUUCGUCUGAGCUUUCAUUCCUGGAAAAUGGUCACGUCUCUCCGCCAGGGUGCGACGGCAUCUGACGAGAAGGAGACCUGUCCCGUCCCCCCAGGACGCACUGUGGCGGACAUUCUGGAUCGAAACCCCCAGUUCUGGAACGCGUUCUGGGGUUCCUGGCGUUCACCCGAGUCGCUAUGGCUCACUUGGCUCGGGCUGCAUGUCAUCGUGACCACAUACGGAAAUGCAUUGCAUAAGACGAUAAAUAUCACCGCGCGAAUAGGCCCGUAUCGCUUCCUCGGCAUGAGAUCCCUCUGCCUCCAUUUGGGAAUCCGAUACUUCUCUCUAGGUGGCCUGGGGCUUUCGCUUCUCGGGGGAGCUCUGAUGUUCAAGAACGUCGUCCCAGACACAGCAGAGAUCAUAACUUCCAGCAAACGAGGUGAUGUCCAGGCCGUCAGGGCGCUCCUUGACACCUGUCGCGCAAGUCCACACGAUGUAACACCCAGUAACUAUGGUCCAAUGCAGUAUGCCAUUGAAAGCGGAUCCCUCGAACUAGUCCAGCUGCUGUGCGCUCGUGGAGCUGAUGUAAACACUCCUUUUGGCUCGUAUGAGACGAGCCCCCUGGAGUGGGCCUUCUGUUACCGGCAUAUCGAGAUCGCUCGCUUCCUCAUAUCUCGGGGCGCGCGACUAGACUAUGUCAGUUCGCGAGGAUGGACUCCCGUCUUCGAGCUCUUCUGGCCAUCCAAGGAAGACCAGCCGAGCCCGGAAUUCCUCCACCUCCUCUGCGCCAACUCCUUUGCAGACUUCGACGUGCAGGAUUCCAGCGGCUGGACCUGUCUGCAUCGAGCAGCCGCGUAUGGGACGGCCGCAGACGUCCGCGAGCUGCUGCGGGUUGGCGCAUCGCCAUUGAUCACCACGCACAGCCUGGGCUGGACGCCCGUGUUCUGUGCGGCUCGAUUCUGCAACACGGCCACCCUGGCAGAGCUGGCACGGCAUCUGCAGCCCAGCUUCAUCUAUUCGACAGACGCUCGUGGAUGGACAUUGCUGCACGUCGCCGUGGACGCUGGCGAUUUCGACACAAUGUAUCUCGUUCUGCAGCUCGGUGCCGAUCCCCAUCAGACGGCAAAGAUCGAUGGUGAAUGGGUUACCCCGACCGAGUUAGCACGUCGUGGCGGGCCGAAAGUCUUCCAGAUGUACGUCGAUGCGUUGGAAGAGACUGGCUUCGAUAUCUAUGGCGUGGAAGAUGAUGCCGAUGAGAAGGGGGAGAUAUAUUGGGCUGCGGAAGGGUGA